AUGGCCAAGGCUGGGGUCGGCUGCACGUCGAACUGGGGACAGACUGUACCGCACUGCUUUGCUUUGCUGCCACUGCUACGGAGUCUGCCACUGCCUCUGUGCUACCCUCGUCCUGGCGACGUGCCUCCUCGCGGUAUACAGUCAAACCCGGGUAUAGGCAAGUUCCGAACAAGCAAUAUCGGGUUGCUAGCAAAGAGCAUGAAACUGGAGUACAUGACGCAUUCGCCCACCCCCAACUUCAUGAGUAUGGGCUCCAUGGGGCCGGGCUCUGCAUACGGCGGCAGUCAGUCCGGCAGUGACUAUGGCUUCGAUACACCGCAGCAUGGCAUGAAUGGUGGCAACGGCUUCGUCAACGGCUAUACUUCUGCACCGCUCAUGCCUGGAGCUAUUCAGCCAUACCACAAUGGCUUUGAUACGAACAUGAUACCUUCGCCACCCAUUCAGCAUGCCGUGAGCAUGGUAGACGCACAAUCGCCUAUCCUCGGUCACCACCACCGGCUUAGCGUCAGCAGCAACGGGCCAUACGGCAUGGUAAGACAGAAUAGCUUCGGCGGCUCAGAUACAACCAGUCCGGGCGGUCAACGAGGUCAGGCUACUUUUGCUGAAAAUCAAUUUGGUAGCGAGAACAAUGACGCUGCCACAUCGCAACCAGCUUCAGCGGAUGCGAGUAAGCAAGAUGACAAUCAAACUGGCGCACCGCCACCCUGGAGUGAGCUCAAGACCAAAGCUGGCAAAGAACGAAAGCGACUUCCAUUGGCGUGCAUUGCAUGCCGGCGCAAGAAAAUACGCUGCUCUGGAGAGAAGCCAGCGUGCAAGCAUUGUUUGAGAUCACGCAUACCAUGCGUGUACAAGGUCACUACAAGAAAAGCCGCGCCGCGCACCGAUUACAUGGCGAUGCUUGACAAGCGUCUUAAGCGAAUGGAAGAACGAGUCAUCAAAUGCAUACCUAAGGAGGAGCAAGCUAUUGUCAACAACACUGGGCGAGCUGUUGUGAAGCCUCCAUUGCCACCGCCGCCUCCAAAGUCUGCUGGUGGCUCCAAGAAGAGAGGAGCCGAGCAGGCGUUUGGCGACGAGCUUGAGGAUUGGGCUGAGAGCAAAGCGACAAGACCUGUCAGCCGCGCAGAACCUGCUGAAGAUAAGAGCCUGGAUGCUAAUGGCGAGAAGCCGGCAAAUCAAGAAGAGCACAACCUCCUCCGCGAGGGAGCAGACAAGUUGCCAUCCAAAGAGCUGCAAGAGCAUCUUGCGGAAGUCUUCUUUGACUACGUCUACGGCCAAAGCUAUCAUCUCCUUCACAAACCAAGUUUCAUGCGCAAACUGGCCCAAGGCACAGUACCGCCGGUCCUCAUUCUUGCCGUAUGCGCCAUAUCCGCACGAUUCUCUAACCACCCUCAUGUCCGCACGGAGCCUGCCUUUCUUCGAGGAGAGAACUGGGCCAGCGCAGCACGAGAGAUUGCGCUACGAAGAUACGAUACUCCGAAUAUAACGAUUCUCAUAUGUUAUCUCAUCCUCGGACUUCACGAGUUUGGCACCUGCCAAGGUGGUCGGAGCUGGAUGUUCGGCGGUAUGGCGCAACGCAUGGCAUACGCACUUCAACUCCACAAGGAUCUCGACCAUGACCCAAAGGAUAGGACACCUGGAGGACGAAACAGUCUCACCUUUACGGAUCGCGAAAUACGACGAAGAACGAUGUGGUCAUGCUUCCUGAUGGACCGAUUCAACUCGAGUGGUACAGAUAGGCCCGUCUUCGUCGGCGAACAAUACAUUCGUGCUCAACUCCCCAUCCGAGAGAAUUACUAUCAGAUGGAGAUCAAUGGUCCCACCGAAGACUUGGACGGCAACGUCCCGAAUCCAUUGGAACCAGGGCUAGGCCAGAUGGCCAAUGCUCAAGAUAACAUGGGCGUGGCGGCCUAUCUGGUCCGGCUGGUCUCCAUCUGGGGUAGACUUAACAUAUACCUCAACCUCGGCGGGAAAGAACGUGACAACCAUCCUAUGUGGGAUGAGGAUUCCAGGUUUCGACAGAUCCAAACGGCUGUCAAAGAAUGGAAGGCCACGCUGCCAGCUUCGCUGCAGUACAACCAGGAGAAUCUUCAGAACCAUGCCUCUGAGAAGAUUGCAAACCAGUUCAUCUUCCUGCACAUUGUACACAACCAGACGCUGCUAUUCAUGAACAAAUUCGCACUGCCUUCGCCUGGAUCACGCUCCACAUUCCCAAAGGAGAUGCCAGAAGACUUCAUCGCGGAGGCUGCGCAGACGGCCAUGGAUGCUGCAAACCAGAUCUCUGAACUCAUUCGAGAAGCAACAGAUCAUCUGGUGGUGGCGCCAUUUGCCGGCUACUGCGCCUUCUUCAGCAGUACUGUCCACAUUCACGGCGCCUUCUCCAAGAAUCCACAGCUGGAGGCGUCGAGCAAGCAGAAUUUGGCGUGGAAUGUGAAGUAUCUCACGAAGAUGAAGAAAUAUUGGGGCAUGUUUCACUUUGUUACGGAAAAUCUUAAGGAGCUGUAUCGACGACAGGCCGAUGCUGCUCGAUGCGGCCUCAAAGGCUCCAGCUUGGGCAAGGACGGCGAGCAAGCUAUAUUCCAGUACGGCGACUGGUUCGACCGCUAUCCGCAUGGCGUCAGCGGCACCGACUAUGACGAGCCUAACAGCGAUGUCAAGAGGGAAAUCGGAGCCGAUGCUGUGCUUGGUCAGAAGAGUGAUCUCCAGACUGUGGAGGAAUUCUUUUCGAAAUUGAGUCCGCCUAGCAGAGCAGCACACCUGCAACAAGCUCAGAAUUUGAGGAAGAUGGCGAAGAAGCGCAAAUCAACAUCAGAAGGAAGCAAAUUGACACAGCCCCCCACCAGCCAACCACAACAAGACGACACAGCCAGGCCAAAUGGUCUCCACCCAUUACAUACUCAAGUCACCCACGAUCUCGACGCAAACAUCAAUGCUGGUUUCGCACAGCAUUCCAUCGCCUUCCCGCCAGGCUUCCAACCACCUCACAAUCCUCUCAUCAGCACCCCACCACAACAAUACCUGCCUCAACUCGACCGGCAAAUGGUUCUCAACUCGUAUAGCGGGAGCAGCAACCAAAGCAGCCUGAACAGCAUGCUCGACGGCGCCGGCAACGUCAACUUUGAAAACUUCGAUAUGCACGCCUGCGCCAAUCAGCAAGGCGCGCAGCAGCACAGUGGCUUCUGGGGAGAUCCAUCAACAGCUUGGUUCAUGCCAUUCAACAUGGAACCACCUACAGUGGGAGAGGACAAUAACCUUUUCAACGGCACAAGCACUCUCGAUUGGUCGAAUAGUUUCACGGGCUUCGCAGACAUGGCUGGGAUCGGAGCAGCAGGUUUGACGCCCUCGGCGAUCGAUACGGGACCGGAAGGGAACAUGGGUGAUCAUGGAGGAUUGAUGGACGGAUUGGGUAUGAAAUGAUAGAUGGGACGCGAUGCGCAUCGAUGCGCGCUAUGCGAUAUGAUUCCCGACAUUUUUUGGGACCCGGGGUUUUCUCAGAAUAUGUACUCGUACCAAAUGCGUCUCUGAUAGCAGCAGCAGCUUGUACAUAGUGCCUCUACAGCGGAUAUCUGUUGGGAAUUUGCAAAGUUGUCCGAGAUAGCAUCGCUGAGGCUCGUUUUUGGCCGCUACGUAGCUUUCUGUACGAAAGAUCCGUUUUUGGCCCUUUAUGCCACACCAUGGUCCAUGGGUGUUGUGAUGGUGAAUUUGAAGCAAAGAUGGAACGCCGACCACGCCGCACUGCUAGGAGAGUAUUAUUACUUCGAACACACAGCAGCACCGCCAGGAGAGUAUUACUAUUUCAAAUACACAGCAGCGAUGUACCGUUGUGGUUGGCCUGUCUGUGGUCAAGAGCUACGGAGGACAGCCUUUCGAUAUAGUGGCGUGAGUGCUGCUUUGUGGUCUCGGUGCUCUCCGUCCGUAUGCUUGACAUACUUUGUCCCUUGCAGAUGGAAGGUGAUGUAGUAGAGAAGUGCGCGGAGUAGCUCCGGUUGUAAGUUUGGAUGUCGCAAAAGUCUCCAUCUCAGUUCUGUCUGGGCUUGACCAGACCAUCGUGAACGAUGUAGUAGACGACGGUACUGUCAUCGUCCAGGGUGGCAAGGAGAAGUCUCUUGGGCAGGGAUGUGCGCCAUUUACUAGGUUCGAGAUGGUCGGGUACAUGCGCAAAGUCGUAGUUCAACUCAUCAGAGUCACCGGCUGGGGUAGGGGUCGACGGGGGCGGCGGCGGCGGCGGCGGCACGACCGUGAGAGAGUUGAAAGUCUCGCCAAAUCUCCGCAGACUCCAUUUCUCGCGCAGAUGGCUGGGUAGCACCCACUCGCGCUCCCUGCUGAGCUCGGGCAUGCCAGUGCCACUCUUGCCCUCGUCUUUUUGCUGCUGGAGCAGCUCAAUCUGCUCGUCCGGAUGCACGUACAAGCGCUGUGGAGGCACUCCGGAUAUCAUGGGGCGUGGGAGAGGCCGGGCGGCGAGCGCUGAGUGGGUGUGAAGGCACACGUCGGUCCACAGGUGUUGGUAUCGCAAGUUGUGUGCGAUCUGGAUGGCGAGAUGGUGGAGUUCAGUCGCGUGAGGUGACUGUGCCGUCGGCGCGUGCGCGUGCGCGUGCGUGUCGAGAUAGGCUUGAAUGGCCGAUGCGGGAGCAAGUUGCUGCCCCAGAUCUCGCGCUCCCAUGCUGGCUUUGUGUGCUGUUGCUAUGUUCGAACUUCGAAGUAGUUGGCAUGUAUCAUACACUGUAAGAACUGGUCUGUUUCACAAGUCUGCUUCUUCCGAGCCGAGCGCCCGAAAUUGUUCCAGCCAGGAUACUGUAGGAUGAUGGAGGCCGCACUCCUUCUGCUGUAACAGUUUGCAUGUGGUGGAUGCGGCAUCGUAC